AUGGUACAACUCGUCUACAAUGCUCGAACGAUGGUUUCUGCCAGUGAUGCAGCAUUGCAUCGAGCGUCUCGAAGCGGGGACACUCAAUUGGUUCGUGUACUUCUCGACUCGGGAAAAACUUUCCCGGAUUGUUCGAAUGUGGAUGGAAUCACUCCAUUAAUGUUGGCGUGUCGGGGCGGUCAUUUUGAGACGGCUUGCGCUCUCGUCAACGAUGGAGCCGAUGUGAACGCGAGGAAUAUAGCCGGCUCCUCGGCCCUAUUGUGCGCCCUUGAGUGUGGUGAUCGAGACUCGGUGGUGUUGCUUUUGCGGGAAGGAGCCAGUGUCAACUUUAGGACAAAGGACGGUGGCAGCGCACUUUUGUGCGCGGCCGAACGUGGCCUUGAUUGGGCCAUUCGAAUGCUUCUCGAUUGUGGAGCCGAUCGAACAGCCACCCUGAAUGAUGGAAGUGAUGCGGUGUUUUUGGCCGCCCAAAACGGACACGAUUCGACAGUUCGUCUCUUACUCGAUGCUGGAUGCCAAAUUGAUACCCCGAGAAAGGAUGGCGCGACAGCACUCUGGAUAGCGGCUCAAUGUGGCGAGGGACGAGUGGUUGAUGUGCUUGCGAGAAGAGGUGCACAAGACGUGCCUCGUCGAGAUGGAGCGACCGGACUUUUCAAAGCCGCUCACAAAGGACAUCAACGGGUGAUCGAGCUCUUGAUUGAGCACGCGUUGGCCGACGUGAAUUUGCUGUCAAACGGUGAAUCGGCUCUACACGCAGCCGCUCUAUUUGGACAUAUCGAAAUAGUUCGGAUAUUGUUGAGAGAAGGCGCUGAUUCAAGGCUGCAGAAUAAACAUGGAGAAACCGCUCUCGAUCUAGCCGAACAAAUGAAAUACGAGAAGAUCGUGGAUCUCCUCCGCCGAAAUCAACAAUAUUACACU